UCUGUCUCUGUCUCUGUCUCUGUCUCUGUCUCUGUCUCUGUCUGUGUGUGUAUGUCUGUGUUUUUGUUGUUGUUUGUUUUUGUUUACUUAGAAUAUUUUUGUACAUUUGAGACAUGCUAGAAUGUAGCUAAUGAUGGUACAGAUUUAAUGUGAUGGGUGCUUGUUGCCUUCAGUAUAGUCAGUAUAGUUUUUCUCUUAAUGUUUUUCUUUAAAUCCCUUACAAAUUAAAAAUUAUAAUAACAGAUUUAUAAUCAAUAUUAGAUGAUGAAUAAUGAUGAAUAAUGUGUUAUGUGCUUUUGAUUAUUGCUUUACCCUCUGUUGUCUAUAAUAUGGUUUUCUAUAUUCUUUUUUCCCCUCUUGUCCAGAAAAUGCUGUUAAAGAUGAUGUAAGAGUUAAACGGGCAACAGGACUCUGCAAGCAGCUGGUUGGACAUUUCUCACAUAGCUGUAAAAAGAAGGCCGCACUGAAAAAGGCACAGCAAGAAUUGAAGAUACCGGAGCACUCACUGAUUACAGAGUGUCCGACGAGGUGGGGCUCACGACAGAGGAUGAUUGGGAGGGUGUUGGAGCAGAGUAAGGCGUUGUCUCAGGUUCUAUCUGAAGACAAGAAGACACGUCACCUGGUCCCCACUUGGCAGGACACAGAUGUCCUUGAGUCAUUAAACAAUGCCCUUGGCCCUCUUCAGGAGUUUACUGAUGCCCUGUCCGGUGAAGCCUAUGUAAGUGUGUCCUACCUGAAGCCAGUCCUCCAUCUCCUGAGGACAUCGAUCCUGACUGUAGACAAAGACGACCCAGAUCUUACCAGGGACAUAAAGUCAAGAGCUCUUCGCUAUAUUGAAGAUAAAUACAGCGACCCAGCCACACAGGAGCUACUAGAUAUUGCUUCGUUCCUUGAUCCUAGAUUCAAAACUGACUACAUAAGAGCAGAGAAUGUCCCAGACAUCAAAGAAAGAGUGAGGAUCGAAAUGGAACAGGUGGCACGAAAGGAAAAGAGGGCCCGUGUCAGCACUACAGAGGCCAUGCCCCAGGGUGCAGCAGAGGCAGAGCCAUCUACUGUGGGGAAGGGAAAGCGGUCAUUGGGCAGCUUCUUCAAGAGCAGACCGUCUGUGCCUCCUCCUUCCACCACCAUGCAGUUGGAGGAUGCCAUUAAUGCAGAGCUGAACAGCUACCUGAUAACUCCUACAAUUGAUGGAGAGGACAAUCCCCUGGCCUGGUGGAGAGUGCACAAUGUUAACUUUCCAUGGUUGAGCAAACUGGCUCGCAAGUUUCUGUGCAUACCAGCCACCAGUUCACCAUCAGAAAGAUUGUUUAGUGCUAGUGGCAAUGUUGUCACAUGUCAGCGCUCAUGUCUUAAACCAUCAAAGGUUGACAUGCUAGUUUUCUUGACCAAAAAUCUGUGAAGAGUGAUGUAGAGAUGUCAGGGAAGCAAGUAUUAUUGUUAAAGUACUUUUUAGAUUGUGUUUGUUCUGCACUUUACCCUGACUUGUGGUGUCAGUUUUUGUAAAAAAAAAAAAGAUAAAUGCUAGUUUUCAGGAAUAUUAUGUUCUAUUGUUAACAGAAUAGAUGUGCAAUAUUUGGGUGCUGCUAAGCGGUAAAUGAAUGACCCACCUAUUUUAAUGUCUGACAUAUUUUUCAGAAGGGCAGAGGUUGGGUCAUUUUGUUUUUGUAAUAGUAUUUUCUUUAUUACCAUUACUUUUCAAUUUCACUUUAAAAUAUUGUUCAGGUUUCUUCCAGGGUUGAAUAAAGUACUUGAAUUGCUGCUAUAGAUGUUGAUAGGCUAGCUCUCUUGAGCCAUAAAAGACUGACCUACCUACUUGAGUAUAAGACUGUUUACAUAAGGUCAGGAUCCUUUUUUUCCUUUAUUGAAGUUGUUGAAUUUUGUUUUUCUUAUUAUAUAUUAAGCAUUGCUUUUUGUGUUGGAAUUGUUUUGUAUUUUAUUUAACUUAAACUUUUUUAUUUAUCUUAACAUAAUUAAGGUUUUUGUACUGGUUUUAGUUCUUUAGUUUUAAUAACUGCUGUUGGUCAAGAACUUUGGAGA